AUGAAUUUAAUUAUCAAAGGCAAAGAACUUUAAUUAUAUUUUUCUAGAGAAUAACUCCAUGAUAUGGUUGUCAAAAUAGCAAAUUAGAUUUCAACUGAUUAUAAGGAUAAAAAUCCUAUUUUUAUAGGGGUUUUGAAUGGUGCAUUUAUGUUUAUGUCAGAUUUAAUUAGAGGUGUUGAUCCUUAAAUUAAAUUUUAAAUUGAUUUUAUCAAAUUAUCAAGUUAUGAUGGUAUUUAAUAAUAAUUAAUAAAGUUUAGGAAGUUAAUCAACUGGAAUAGUAAAAGCUUUAAGUGGAUUAAAAAAUGAUAUUAAGGGCAGAAAUGUCAUUAUAGUAGAAGAUAUAAUUGAAACAGGAUUAACAAUAACAGCAGUUAUAGAAGAAAUGAAAAAAUUAGAACCUGCAAGCAUAAAAUUAUGUGCUUGUUUUCUUAAGAUUGGUAUAAUUAAUUAUUCAUAUAUUAUUAGGAAAAUAAAAAAUAAAUAUCAAACCUGAUUAUUUAGGUACAGAGAUUGAAGAUAAAUUUAUUAUCGGUUAUGGUUUAGAUUGGGAUGAAUUUGGAAGAGGAUUAGAUCAAUUAUAUUAUAUUUUGUGA